GAUAUCUUAAUUCGACCUAAGAGUCUAAUUUCCGGAAAGUCAAAUGAUUUUAUAACUAAGGUUAUGUUCUCUAAUUGAUUGUCGUGUGUUAUUUUGAUUGUUUACUUUACAAACUUCAUUUUAAUAUUAAUUUAAUCAUAAGUAAUCACUAUAUCAAUUUGUCAAAUCAAUUAAAAUGGCAAAUACUAUUGUUCAAUAUGUUAUUGUUCGAGGGGACCUAAUACGAACGUUAAAUUGGCCGGUUGGAGCAGUCUUAGCACAAGCGUGUCAUGCUGUUACAGCAGCGGUUCAUUUAUUUUACACAGAUGAAAUAGUUCAAACGUAUUUAAGUGAUUUAGAUAAUAUGCAUAAGAUAAUUUUAGAAGCGCCUGAUGAAGCAAGUUUAAACACUUUACAUGAAAAAUUAAAAGAAAAUUCUAUUGAACAUAAAUUGUGGAUUGAACAACCAGAAAAUAUACCGACAUGUUUAGCAGUCAAGCCUUAUCACAAAGACCAAGUUCAAAAAUAUUUCAAAAAAUUUAAAUUAUUAAAAACUUAAUUAAUUA